CACUGCUUAAUGCGCCAAUACCCACUCCGCAGAGACGACAGUCGUUAAUUUUGUUUAGGGAUUACUACAUGUGACUGAUGGAAUGUAUUCCAAGAGUCCAAGACAUUUAUUUAUAUUCAUUAUUUUAAAUAUUUAAUUUAUUAACUAUCAGUGAAAUAUUACAAUAAACAAUUAUGUAGUCGCAGUGUUAAAUAUUUACGUGUUAUAAUUUAUAUUUACCUACCAAUAUAAUAUAAAUAAGUGGACGGUUUUAGUGAGUACAAAUUAAACGAGUAGGUAAGUGUAUACCUGUAUAAUAUGAAUACCUACUAAAUAAUACAAACACAAAAUACCUAGGCAUUUGUAUUUAAAUUAUUAUUAUUUUAAUACAAAAAUAAAUAUACAUAACUAUAUUAUGUAUUAUAAAACUAUAGACUAUAACAGAUAUUCAAGUCAAAUUAUAUUAAUAUUUAUAAAUCAAACAAAUUAUUUAUAAAUUCACAAUAAUAUAUUUAAAAUAUGAAUCGUACAUAAUAUAGGUAGGCAUCUUCAUUCUUGUAUCUUUAAAUGUUUGGACUUACAAUGCUGAUCACACAAAUUUUGAUAUUUAAAUAUACAUUUUCUUUAUGAAAAUAACUAGUGAAAAAUUAUAUAUUAAAUUAGUAGAUAGGUACUUACAAAUACUAGUGAGUUUUUCGUAUGCUAUUAUUUAAAUAUAUAUCAAAUAACAUAUACUAUAGGUACUACCAUACUAUUUGAAACGUUUCAUGUACGAGUCCAAGUAGAAAAUUUUAUUGAUAAUAGUAUAGUAUAUUAAUAGUAUUAAUAUUUAAUAUGAUCUUAUGAUUAAAAAAAAUAACAUUAUGUAAUAUUCUACACAACUAUAUUUUAUACUUUACAAAUAUUUAUUUUAUCAUAAAAGGAAGUAAAAAAAGUCUAGUAGAUAUUCGAUAUGGUGUACUAUACUGUAUACGUAUAGAAUAGAUAGUAUAUGAUGUAGGCAUAUUAUUAUAUUUUUCUUGUUUUGUUCCGUCCACUAUGUAAUAAAUAAUUUUUAAUAAUAUAUUAUAAUUUAUAAUACAUAUGCAUUAGUUACUAGUUUUUAAAAUAUUUAAAUGCUUUGUAUAUUAUUGCCAUUACAAUAUUAUGAGUGUAUAGUAUACAUAAGAACCUAUACAUUAAUUUCAAAUUACCUAGCUUUAUCUGCACGCAUAAUAAUAGAAAUUAUAUUUUUUAAAUAAAAAUUUUAAAAAAAAAACAAAAGUUGUUUUAAAAAUUAGUACUCUAAAAUAUAACUUUAAAAUAAAUAUAAACAAAUUUAAAAUAUAUAAUAUGGACUGUGCACAUAUAAAAAUAAAAUACAAAUUAUAUGAAAAAACUUGGCCUGGAGUAUUGUAUAGGUUGUAUGUAUAUUUACGACCGAGUUCGGUUUCUUUUUAAAAUUAAUACUUUAACUUUUAUAAAUUAUAAUGCAUGACUGUGUACACACAGUCAUGUGAUCACUGAUCAAUAUAUUCUAAGGGUAUUGAUCAGUUGCCCUCAGUGGAUGCUAUCGGCAUUAAUAAAUAUACCAGUUAUCUCCAACUAUAUAUACCAGUUACCUUCCACCAAAUGUAUCACAUAAAAUAGCGCAUAUGCCUAUAAUAGUACAAAGAGGGGAAUUUUAUUGAAAUUUCAUAUGAUAAAAUGUAUAGUAACAUUAAUUAUAUAAUUUAUUAUAAAUAAAUCGCAUUAUCGAAAUACGCGUGUAAUUGUUGUCAUAUAUUUUUGAUUAUUUAUUAAUAAUUUAAUAAUUAUCAAUGAACUAAAUAAAUAAAUAAAAAUAAAUAAUUUAUUUAAUAGUAAUAGUAGAUAAUAAUUUAGGUAGGUACAUUUUAGUAUACAACAACCAAUAAAGAUUUUAUUGAAUACCUGUUUAAUUUACUUAACAACAUUUUCAUUAUAUGUGAUUUUUAUUUUGCCAAAAUAUAGUGUGUGCCAAUUAUCAUGGCUAAAUGUACACUCCUACAAAAAUGACCUUUUUACCUGUUUUUAAAACAUGUGUAAACUUCUACAUAGUCCCUUUUUACUUACCAAAAGAUUGUGUAAUCUCCUACACAGGCCUUUUUACAUUUUAGAUUCUGAGUGUAGCGAGGAAUGUAGAUUGGUUUUAAAAUGAUGUUUAUUUGAGAUAAUUGCAUUUAAGUGGAAAAAAACGUACGAUUUUACGAUUUCAUUAUUUUAAGUUGACACGCACAAUGCUUUAUAUUAGAAAUAGUUCUCAAAUGGAAAAAUGAUAAAAGAUAUUUGUUGCUGCAUUUUGGAUAAAUAUUCGUAGAGACUUACGAAUGUAUAAUAAUAAAAUGCAAAAUAAAAUUUAAUAAACAUACUAAUAUAAGGAAAUCAUAUCAGAAAUUAUCGAACAUUUCAAAAACGUAUACGUGAUUUCCAUAAAUUGAAAAUACAACAAUCUUUAUCUUAUUGUAGUAAUUCAAAAAUAAGGCGGGAGGUGCCUAGUUAUGUAAAUUCGAUUCACACGUAUAAAUUAAUUAUAAAUUUGUUUACAUUUCUUCUUCAGGCGGCAAAUUGAUCUGUUGAAUUUGAUAUAGGUGAUCGUAGUAAAUAAAAAGAUUUUUAAUAUAACAACUGUUUCUUUUUUAUUAAUUUUUUUUAAAAAUAUAAAACACUGUUCUAGGUUCCCGUGCUUUUGUAAGAAUCUCUGCGUAGUCUUUUACACUCGCUUGUGAUCAUCUGUCCAAAAGCAACGGGAACAAUACAUNAAUAAUUAAUGGCUACAAAUUAAUAUAAAUAUUUUACAAUAUUGACUAUAUAAUUUAUUUUAAUUAUAUAUGAUAUCUUAAGUAUUAUCUCCUUACGAUGAGUAAAUAUCGCACUAAAAUAUAUGUUAUUUGAUAAGAAAAAAGGAAUGUCAUCGGAUGUAAAUGUUUAACUAUAAUUUCCGUUGUUAAUUGUUUGACUUAUAAUAUUUUAUUUUACAUAAUGUAUGAUAGCUUACAUAGCAUAUCAUUACAUUAUUUUUAUAGUUUUUGACUGAUUUUUACUUUUUACAGCUAUCUAGUGUAGGAGUUAACAAUAUGUCAUUGUAGAAGAUGACCUACUUUUGUAGGAGUUUACCAUCCCCAAUUAUUAUUAUCAUAGAAAAUAUUAUUUUUAUUAUAAUAUUUUGGGGGCAACUGGUACAUGGCCUAUUAUAAUCAAUACAAUUUCAUUAUCUCUGGAAAGUAAAUAAUAACUUUUUUAUAAAAUUUAAAAUACACACAAUUUUCAAAUUUUACGUUGCCCUAUUGUUAGUUGGGGAAACCACUACCAAAGUUUGAUAAAUGAUCCAUACAUACAUGAAGUUUAAGUUUAGACAAAUUUUGGUAUUGAUAUUUUUAAUUUCCAUUUUAAACUUGAAAAUGUAAUUAUAAAUAUACAACCAUUUUCAAUAUUAUACAUUUAUAGUCAUAUAUCAGAUUGACAAAAAAAGUAAGUAAAAAUAGUAAAAACGUUAAAAAUAAACUGUAAAUAUCAAUGAAUAUGAAUUGUUUCAAUACGUAAUUGUACUUAUUUAUGUUAGUAUUUUACAAAAUACUAACAUAAACAAUGAAUAUAUUGUUAUUAUUUAUAAUUAAAGUCAAAUUGGCAUUUUUAUUUUUUCAAGAUAUCUAAAUUAUGAUUGACAAAAAAUAUUCAACGAAGUGUACAAAUGAUUUAAUCAAAAUAAUUGUUUACGUGGUUUUUAUGACAACACUGUUUCUGUUUUAUUGUAAUAAAAAAAAUGAUGAAAUUGAAAAUUCGAUGAAUUAUUACCAUUUAUAUAAUAACGAAGCCGUGUCAUCUACCGAAAUUGGUAAUAUAAAUGUGUAAAUAAUUUAAUAUUCAUAUUUGUAAUUAUUAAUUAUACCUAUUCAUCAUUAACUUAUCAUAAUUAUAUUAUACGAAAGGUAUGUUGUAUUCAAUUAGUGAUUAGGUUUUUCUUAAAUUGAACGCAUACCUACUUAAUGCCAAAACCAUAACUGGAGCAAAUAUUUAGGAGGGCUUUUUAAUUAAACCAUCUAUUUAUUACAAACAUAAUUAGCAUUGUUCUAGAAAAAAAUAAGCACUACCUAUUGAGAAAAAAUAUUGGUGCAGUGGUUGAACUCUUAAAAUAGCUUCUCAGACAGGGCAUUGCCUGAUGAUAAUAUAUAUUAAAACAAUUGUAUCAGGUAUGUGGUGUAUUAGGUACCUACCUAUAAACACUGUUUGUUAUUUUAAAUUCUGAGCAUAGUGAAUAAUGCGUUAGAUUUACUAUAAUGUUUAUUUUUUUUUUAUCUAUGAACAACUUUUUUACCAGCAAUUUUGCUCUUAUUUUCAAUGAUACUAUUUUUUCUGAAAGGAAAUCUGACUGGGGUGGUACUUUAAAGAGGUAAUUUUUGAUUUUCGCAGAAGUUUUCCCAUUAAAUGGGAAAAAACAUAGGAAAACGGGAAAAUAUAAUAAUAUACAAUAUUAAACAAAUAUUAUUAAAGAAAAUAUCUAAUAUAUAGGCAAUUAUUUCACCAUAAUAUAAUAACAUAUAUAUUGUUGACAAAGCUAUAAUAUAAUCGAAUUCCGCUCAGAAUCCUUUUUCGUUAGCAAUGGUUAAUCGUUGCGUACAGACAUACAUUAAAUUUCCCUUCCUAUAACUUCCCAGGGCCUAUUUUUUGUAAUAUUUCGUAUUACACACUUUUUCGUUUAGACCAUAAAUUCAUGGUCACAAAAUAAAAUUUUCUCACAUACUCUUAAAUAUAGUUACUUCAUUAAUUUUUCUACCAUUUAUAGUUAUUUACAAUUUUGUUUAAACAAAUAUUUCCAGAUUUAAACUUUAUCAAGAAGAAAUGUUUGGGUAAUGUAAGAAAUAAACUUAAAAAAAAAAUAUUACAUAAAAUCAAAUAGUUUGUAAUUUAUUUAUACAUUGUUCUUUCAACAAAUUUAUUUAAAUCCUCUGAGUUUAAUUCCUUAUUAUUACUAAAAAGCGCCCAAAAGAAAAAAAUUUGAAAUAUACAAUAUACAAGUAGGAUUAGAUUCCUUACAUAUGAUUAGUAUUUUAUGUUUGAAUCUGUUAUUUUUUUUUAAUUUUUCAAAAAUAUUAAUACUAGAAUUUCCUAAAAUUAUUAGUAUAUAUUAUUUGUGCCCGUACGAAUUAUGAUUUCUAGGAUUAAUCUAACGUAGAUAUCUGAAAUCGCUAUUAAUACGAGGUUCAUUAUAUGUUGUAUUUAGAAGUCAAAGUAAAAAAAAAAAUUAAGUACAAUUCAGCGGUUUUUUUUUUUUUUAUAAGAGCUUUAAGAUCAGAUAUUGACAAAAGUCAUAAAUCUUAUGGCAUUUCAAAACAUGUAAAACCGAACUUUUCUCAAAACUGUAUUCGUUAUCAAUGGUUUACCGAUCAUCAUUGCUUACAGAUAUAAAUUAAAUAACUUUUUGUUAAAUUAAUUUAAUAUAAAAAAAACUUCAUUGAAGUUGUAUUCAUAUUAAUCCAAUAAUUAAUAUUAAAGUAUAGUUAACACAAAAAUAUUAUGCAAACGGGGCGUGAACUCAUACAAUGGUUUGAAAGGGGGCGUGGAUCUCAAAAGGUUGAGAACCCAUAAUCUAUAACACCAUUGAUAUCCACGUUGAUAUCGCGAUGAAUAUAUUUAAGUAAAGCUAAAUCAUUAGUCACGAAAAAUUUCUUAAAUAUGUUUUCAAACGACGGAGUGUUUAAAACUAUCGUUCUCCUGUGGUAGUAGACAUUAGAAAUGUUAUGAAUAUUUGAAAAAGUUUAGAUAUUACUGAUUAAACAUCUGGACUAGUUUGGAAUUAAAUUUCAAUUGUAUUUUUGUUCUUGAGUUCGGAAGAUGUUAAAUUUGAAUAUUUAGUGGACCACGAAUCUAAUUCUCCGUUUAAUAUAUGAUCAUUUAAAUUUGAGUUCUUGCAUUUAUCAAUUAUAUUCUGAUAUAUUUCUACUAAUUUUUGGAAUUUACCUUUAAUAACUUGAGAUAUUUUCAUUUCUAUCUCAGGUAAAAUAAAAUCAAAAUUAUUCAAAACAAUCAAGUGUGAUAUAAAUCUUUCGUUCAAUUGGUCUAAACAAUUAUCUAUAAAAGGUAUGAAUACUUAAAAAAAUAUUCCGGAUCAUCUGAUUUAGAUUGACGUGACAAACUAACUGUAGUAUCAAAUUUUUCUCAGACAGUUAUUACGGAUAAAAAUAAUUAUUGAAACUCUACAUUACAAUUUUCUCUAAUAUCCUGAAUAUUAUUUUGAACAUUAGCAGCUUCUGAUGCAGUUUUUAAAUCAAGAUUUACUGUUUGAAGAUAUCGGCUAAAUGGAAAACUUAUGGAAAGUAUUUUCAAAGUAUUUUUUUUUUAUUUCGAAGAAAUUUCCGAGGAGGGGGGGGGGUUACAACCACUAACUCCCACUGGAUACGCCACUGCAUAUAAAAAAAAUAAUAUAUACGAGUACCUACUAUUGAAAAAAUAUAUACUCUUAUAUUAUAUUAUGCUAUGUUUAUAGAUUCAAAAGUAUUACCAAAAAUUGAUGAUAAUGUGAAGGAAGGGUAUGUGGUGUGGAAUGAAAACUGUCAAAUACCCAACAUAAGUGCUUAUGACGAUUCAGUGAAAAAUGUAUUUAAAACAAGUAGUCCUCCAAAAUGCUUUUCAAAAUCACCGUUAACAAGCGUAAUACUAGAUGAAGAUACAUGGUCGUACACCUUUAAAAUUAAUCAUGAUUCAAACUCGAAAAUGUCUUUAUCGACUGUGAAUUGUUGUUAUUCAUCAAUUGUUAGAAAUGAACUGAAAUUCAAGAACAAUGCAAAUGAUGACGAUCGUUACAAGUAAUUAAGUAAUAAAGAAACAUAUCUGGUUCUUUGAUAAAAUAUAAUACAAUUUAAUUUAAUUUAAUCGAAAAAAAAAUAGUACUAACAUUUUAUUCGCCCUAAAGUGUGAAUUAAUAUUAUUAUUUACAUUAUUAAAAUAGUCCUUAUUGGAAAAAUGUAUUCGAAAUACUAUCAUACAUUGUUAUAUUCAGAUUCGAAUGACCAGGUUUUAGAUUAGCGGAUUACAUAUCGACAGUGCUUGAUUUUGAAUGGGGGAUGCGGGGAGACUGAUUACCUCAAUUAAUUUUGUGGAUAUUCUAGCGUACCCUACUACUUCUUUUUUAAAGGAGAACGCAUAGGACAGGUUGUUAUUGAGCUCACCUAUUUUAUAAAAUUACUCAAUUUAAAUUGGUGUGUUUAAUAUCUGAAUGGCUUACAAAAUGUUCUAAUGUUUACAAAAUGUAUUGAUAUCUCAUAUCUGAUGCAUGGAAACUGAUAAGUAGCUAUUAACGAUAACCAUUUAUUAUCUAUAAAUCCAGGUUAUCAGUUACCAAUGACCCAGUGGCGGAUCCAGGUCAGAGAUAAGGGCGAUCGCUUCCCUCCUCCCCGUUUAUUCAUUAAUAUACUCUUCGCUGUAUUAUACUCUUACCUCGAUUCAUCAUUGGCUCAUCGUAAAUACGUGCCUUUAUGAAUUUUCAAAAUCGUCCCUCCCGCUGUCCUGGAUCCACCCCUGCACUUACCUAUUAUAGUAUUAUCAUUGCACGAAUAAUAUGCUGUUAUCUCGUUUAAUCUAUUGAUCAACAUUCUCAUUUAUAGAAUCUUUUAAAUGAAGAUGUUAAAAAUAAAAAAUGAGUGUAUAAUACCUAUGGUUAUGUAUAUUUUAAAUGUUGGUUUUAAAUGACAAGUUAUACCUAACAAUUAAUAUAUUAUUCUGUUUUGCUAUGAUACGUGCUUAAUAGUCUUGUGGUUAAUGCUUCUUAGGGGACUUAAAAGGGGGUUUGGGAGCAAAUCCCAAACGUAAGUAAAAGGUAAUGCAAGAGAUAUUAAAAUUCUAUGGUCGCUAUUUUCUUUAAAGUAUCUAGAAUAACUCUACUAUUAUACUAUACUCCAAAUUUUUGUGUAGGCCGUUUUAUUGAAAUAUUGUCCUACUAUGAGUCUUUAGAGUCUACAUUUUGGCCACAAAAAUGUGCUGAUGAUAUAUAUAUUUCAUCUAUCCAAAAUCAGAAUGAACACUGGUUAUUUUCUUUAUAUUUAUUUCUAAUAUUAAAUUUGAUCGUAAUUUAAUUGAAUAAUAUAUUUUAAUAAAAUUACAUUUUAUAAAAACAUUAAAAACGGAUGUUGCAUAUUUAUUAGUGUACGUGUAUCUAAUAAUUCUAAUAUAUCGUUAAUAGAUACAGCAUCUAUCUAAUUUAUUUAGUUGAUAAAUAUGGUUGUAAUUUAAACAGUUAUUCUUAUUAUACUUCAAAGCAAAUAGGGUUAGGUAACUUAAAUAUAAUUGUUUCUAUAUAAUCUAUAUAGCCUACUCUAUUCUUAAAAAAAGUAUAUGUAUAUUAAAAAAAGGUUGAAAAAUUUAAUAAUCAGUAUAAUAAUAAUGUUAAAGAUAAUAUACCUAUGGAUAUCAAAAAAUAAAUAUUAAAAAGCUACUAUUUAUUAUCAGAUAUUGUGAAAUAUAAUCGUACAUAAUCGUGCAUAAUCGUAAAUAAUUUGAAUUAAUUGAAAUAUUUUUUGCUUGGAUGAGUUCUUAAGAUGUAUUCAAGAAAUUCAAAGAAUUAUACUUGUAUAGGUAUUAGGUUCGUGCAGUUUAAUACAUUGUUAAUAAUAAAUAUUUAUUAUUUAUAAACAUACUAUUAAUAUAACUGAAAUAAAAAGUAUUGAUGGUUAUAAGUAGUAUUAAUCGUAUUAAUAAGUACAAUAUGUUAGCAAUUGUGCAUAAAAUAACACUUGUACAUAAAUUUGUAAACAUAUAAAAUAAUAGACCUUGAGAAAACAUUAUAUUUCAAUUUUUCAACAUUAAAUCUAAUAAAUUAAUUUGGUAAUUCCUCAUUCAUCAUCAGUGGUAUGUUUAGAGGACCCAAGGGGCCUGCUCCUCCGUGUUUUUUGUCCAUAAUAAUACCUAAUCGUAUUAUAUAUUGUAUUAUUAUUAAUUAUAUUUGUUUUUUUUAGUGCCACCACCCCCCUUUCAUUGGGAGAUUUCUAGCUACGUUACUAUUUAUCACCGAUUUAAUAAUGACAAUUGUAUAAUCACGAUCUACGAUUAAUAAUAUUAUAAUAUAAUAAUAUAUAAUAUGAUUAAGCAUAAUUACCUAUAUAUUAUUAUGUAUACAAAAUAUAUGUGACAAACGAAAAUUGCAAAACUGAGAUCAUAAUGUAGAUAGCAAAAAAUAUUUUACUAAAACAAAAUAGUUAAAUAUAAAUAUUAUUAUGAUGCAUACAAAUUCAAAUGAUUUCAAUAGUAAUUUUUACUCGAUAAACUCGAUAUUUAUCCCUGGAUCAACUAGAACAACGAUUGUGAUACGCGUACCACUAGUGGUACUUGGAUAGCUCAUAGGUGGUACGGAAAGGAAAUUUUUUGAUAAGUGAAAAAAAAAAUGUAUUAGUUAUAAUGCAGUUUAUUAGUCCAUAAAUAUUAAUAAAAAAUAAUAGCCAUACAUAUUUAAUUUUACUUUUGUGUAUUAAAUGGUUAUAUAAUUAUGUAAAUUUAACAAUAAAAAGCUCCAUACAUGUAAAAUAACGUACACAUUUUAUUUUUUGAGAAGUAAAAAGAAAAAUUUGAAUAAUCUUAUUAAGUGUUACGUAAAAAAUGUCAAAAUAUGUUAUCAAUACGUGAAUAUGAAAAAGCUGAGAACCACUGAACUAGAACAAAUAAGAACUAACGAUUUCUCUUACCCAUCUCAAAUAUCUGUAAUAUUUUUAGUUAAAAUUAAACAAUACUAUAGAAGUAUUAACGAACUCUGAUAGUUUUUUUUAAUUCGAAGAUUAAUUUAUCCUCGUAGUUUAUCUAAUUUGAUUCUUUUUCAAUCCAACUUAUUCUUUACAUCUUUCUUCAACACCACAUUUCUAGGGUCUCCAACAUAUCCUUUUCUUUAUUUUUGUUGCAUGUCUCAGUGUCUCAUAUAUACCACAUACGUACAUAAUCACACUCCAUACAUUAGUUUUUAUUUAUUCCCGAUCCCGGGUAAGUAAUCAAUUAAUUUAACCAUCCAGUAAACGCUUUACGGUCUAAAAGAACAGUAGAAUUUGAUUCAUUAGUUUUCACAAAUUUGAAAUACUAAUUAUAAUAAAUUAAUACAUUGACAAAUUAAAAUUAGAAACAAUUCCGUACUGUUUUUCAAUUCCCAACUGUACGAAGUUAAAUUCAUUACUUAUUGAAAUACGAUCUAAAAGACGUGAUAUGUGUUAUUAUUAUUAUUAUUAACACUAUAUAGCAUUUUAUACGGUGUGUAUAAAACUACACAGUCAAAAACACCAUAUGCGUGAAAAUUGAUGACGCUUGUUGUCUUGAGUGGGAGAAGAUAUAUAUUAUUAAUUAUUAUGUUUUAAUAUGACAAUAAUUUAAGAUACCUACCUACCUAGCAGCUGGCAACCUGCCUAUUUUUGCUGUUAAGUAGGUUAGGGAUGUACGCAGAAAAAAGUUUUGAGGGAUAUUUUUUAAAAUCAGUUAAUGAAAAUUAGAAAUUUUUUUUAUAAAUAUAUGAAAGAUUAAGCUAGGUUAGGUAAAACUAAAUACUUCGGGGGGUGUUUAAAGACCUACAAAUCUCCCUGCGUACAUUCCCGAAGUAGGUACUUAUUUAUUAGUAUUUAUUAUCGGAGUAUUGAUUCCUUAAAAAGUUAAAACAUCUAUUUAGUUAAACUUGAGUGAAUAUUAUCGAGGAAUCUAAGUAGGUAUUUCUGUUUUAUUUUUAUUUGACAAAUUUAAUUUAUUAUAAUGUAAUAUGUAAUAACCACUAUAUCAACUCUCAAGUACAAAUGUCAUAUUAAUAAUUAAAACCACGUGUUUAUUUAUUAGUGUGAUAAAUUUAUAAUUAUAUCUUAAUCGAAAACCGAACCUAACCUACCCUCAACACUUGAUAUAAUACACCAUUUUCAUAAACUUUAUAGUUAUAUUCACUACUGAAAGUAUAGAAUGUAAACAAAUAAUACAUCCAGUUGGGUGUAGGUAGAGCAUGAAAUCGCGUACUAAAUAUAUACGAGGUUCUUAUUUUUUAUAGAGUCGAACAUAAAUGCCAUCCAAUUAAUGAUUCUGAUAUAAUUCCGAAAUGGGUCGAAUAUAUGAUGGUGACAUGUAAAUUAAGAUCAAUAAACAAUUAUAAAUCAAAGUCGACCGUUUAUAAAGAUAUUCACGCAAUGGUGAUCGACAAAAGUCAGAGGCGAAUUCAAAACGCAAAUGCACCAGAUAAACCCAGCGUACUGAUCAUAUCCAUCGAUUCUUUGUCCCGUUUAAAUCUCAUACGAUCUAUGCCUGUGACAUAUCGUCUGUUGGAAACGCACGGAUUUAUGUCACUCGACGGAUACACUAAAGUCGCUGAUAAUACGUUUCCCAAUUUAGUGCCAAUUUUAACGGGCAUGACCGUUAGUCAACUGACGAAACGAUGUUGGAAAAAUUCCAAAGAUGAAAUUGACGGAUGUCCGUUUUUGUGGAAAGAUUUCAAAGAAAAGGGUAUGUAUUACACGUGCAUUCAUAUUGUAAUCCAACCUAACCUAACCUACACAAAUAAUAUUAUAUGUAUACAUUAUGAGAAAUAAUUGUAUUCAUUAUUAGACAACAAAUGAUUCUCGUUAUAAUAAUAUUUGUGGUCCCCUAUGAAACAUAUUAUACGCUUGCCUUCGGAAAAACAUUUCAACUGUAUAAUGUAUACGUAAGGAGACGAAUACGAAAAUAACAUUAAAACAUUUAAAUCUGGUUUGGUCGUUCUCAUUAUAUUAUUGUUUGAACUUUAAACAUUUUCAAUGAUAGGAAAUAAAAGGGCAUUUUAAUUGAAACGUCUAUUGAACCAAAUUUACGUAAAACGUGUUCCAUGUAGGUUACGUUACAGUGUACAUGGAAGACGAACCUAGCAUGGGUACGUUCAAUUUUGGCAAGUAUGGGUUCCGAAACGCGCCGACAGAUUACUAUACGCGACCGUACAUGCUGGCGGCUGAACAAUUUUUACCGGUGAUUAAGUUUGACGGCUUGAACUACUGCCUGGGACCGCGUUCUGCGCCGGAUCGAGUUUACGAUUACGCCGAGGAUUUUGUCCGUCUGCACAAGCGGCAUGGGUACUUUGCCGUAUUUUGGCUGAACACCUUCAGCCACAAUGAUGUGAAUAUACCGCCGUCCAUGGAUCGGCGAACAGCCGAAACACUAUUCAGAUUGCUGGAUGGCCGGCUGUUGAACAACACAGUCACCGUGGUACUCAGUGACCACGGGCUUCGGUUCGGCAAGAUACGUGAGACGGAUGUGGGGUGGCUUGAAGAACGGAUGCCCGCAUUUUACAUGCGUUUACCUACCGGUUACGCGGCCGCUCAUUCGGGCCAUCGUGCAGCGCUGACCACCAACAAACACCGAUUGACAUCGCCGUUCGAUUUUCACCUAACGCUCAAACAAUUGUUGCUGGCCGACCACGGUGAUGACCAUCGCGGUUCUGUGGCCGACGGUUGUCCCACAUGUCACAGCCUUUUCCGUCCGGCGGACGCCAACAGGUUGUUAUAAAAUGCACACAUAGUAUAAAUAUUAUUGUGGAUGUAGAUGUUCUCAUAGGGAUCACAAAAAAAAUUUAUUUUAAAUACUCGCAAUAGUAUGAAAUUACCUAUAUUCUAAUUUUAUUACAUACAAAUAUUGUCUAAAAUUGUUUAACUGAUAUUCUGGGCUACAGAUAACGCGACUUUUAACUGUUAACCUAUUACAGGUACUUAAUUUUAGUAGAUAUUUUUAUUACAGUUUUAUAAAAACGAAUUAUUAUAUUAUAGAAUAAUAUUUUUUAUUAACUGCCUAACGUAUAGAAAAACGGUAAAAUACGUCGGUAGACAACUGCUUAUAUUAAAACAUAAAUUGAAUUUCAAGGGCAAUAUUUUUAUAACCUGCAUCCUAAUUAUUGUGUUUACAACACGUUGCAGUGCAUCUCAUUGAUUGUAAAUAAACCUACGUACAGUACAUAGGUAAAUGAAUUUUAUUUAGUUAAAGUACUAAAUAAAAAAAAAUCCCCGGUUGUCCGUUGCUCUCCGUAUCCAUCUCCCGUGGCCCCCGUCUGUAUCACAUAAUUUAACCGUUGUUGCCCAGUGAUAAUAUUUAAAAUUUAUUAAUUUUACUUCUUGCCGUGGCGAUCAAAUUAAUUAAUUAUAUUACCUAACUUUUUUUUUUUAUUCGUGUCACAAAGACAAUUCAUAAUAAAUUAACAAACAUUUUCAUAGCAUGCACCGCAUACAAUUCUGCGUGAAUAACUUUAUCUGUACAACACAAUUGUUGGAUGUUUAUUAUUAUAAUCCAAAAUUAAAAUUCGGUAAUUGAAAUCGAUUUUUGGACAUAGGAAAAACAAUGUUAAUUCCCUCACGAAUAAGGGAUCCGUUGUUAGAUUAUCAAUUUUCCUAUGUUUCGAUUGUUUUUUUAGUUUGGGAUCAAUCUAAAAUUAGAUAUUUCAAACAUUCUUUUUAUGGUGAAAUCAAUUACCUAUUUAAAGUAAUUUACUUUAUUCGUAUGGGGUGUUAGGGAAGAAAUCCCCCGAGAAUUACUGUAACAUUUAUCUGGUAUGGAACGAUGGUUUCCAUACUAAAACCAGCGUCCACCUUCAUUCCCCCCUUCCAAUUUGAACAAAAUUAUACACUAUAUAGGCUAUAGUUUUAUAACAAUUUUCGUAAUUUCCAUAGGAAAAAGAGUUCGUAUUUAUUCGAUGAUAACACCAAAGAUAAGUAAAAAUUAAAUCACAUAUACGCAAUUCAAAUAUAAAAUUGGAUAUACCUAGGUAUAUAGGUUUUCCUACAUUCCUUUUAUAAUUUUUAUAUUUCUUUAAUAAUUAUAAAUUAUUUUUUAUACAAUUUACUGCAUAUCACUAUUAAAAUAUUGCACUAUAUUAACUUAUUUUAUUAACAUAAUAUUAAAUUUAUAACAUAAGCAAUGGUGGAUUUAGGGAAGAAGAGAGAUUAGGGGAACCAUUAUCUUGGAGAUUAAAAUUUCUUAGAACAGUAAAAUUGAACAGAUUUUAGUUUGCAGUUUUUAGUGUUAAGAGAAAGAAAGUAUAUAGGUGAUAGGUCGGUGUAAAGAAAACAAAGAAAAUUUCUAAAUAUGGGUGUAAAUGGGGAGAGGUUGCCCCUGGGCAUUAAAGUCCUUGAUGCGUUAAUAAUAAUUAUAAAACUAUAUUUUAAAUACAUUUUAAUACUUACGUCCUACCUAUAAUAUGUAUAAUGUGUAUGCUUUUUAAAGUAUUUUUCAAUCUUAACCAUGAUGAACGGCCGAAUAUUUAUACCUUAUAGUAACCAUGAAGUCACGAUUUUGUUUUAUAUGUAUGAGCAGGUCAUGCGAACAAGCGGGCAUUGUACCGCAUUGGUGCACGUGUGACGAGUACGAGCAACUGGAUCGGUUUAGCAAGACGGCCGUGGACGGCAGCAAGUACGUUGUGCGACAGUUGAAUGAGCUGCUGACCAAGUACCGGGCGGCCGUGCGCCAGGGGUAUGUCUGUUCCGAGCUGUCGCUACGCAAAACGGUGUCGGCUCGGAGCAGGGUGAAUCGGUACACCGGUCGCCGCGAGUAUUUGUUAAUCGUGGAAACGUUACCGGGCGGGUCCAUGUUCGAAGUGACCGUGCAAGACCAGGGAGGGGACACUUUCGGUACGUUGGGCGAUAUAAGUCGCAUAAACAUGUACGGGUUUCAGAGUCAUUGUACGGACGAUUGGAAGCUGAAAAAGCAUUGUUAUUGCGUCAAGGACAAACGGAAAUCCGGGGUUUAGCUACGGAAUCGACGACGAUUACGUCGAUAUUAUAUUAUGUACAUCCGGUACCGGAACCGAAACUAUACGGCUACACCACGCCAUACGGUUCGAAAUCGGACCUUUCCCUAAUAAUCUUUUACAAAGAAGAUAAUAUACGUACAAAUAUAAUAUUAUUAUAAUUUUCGGUGUACUAUUUCACACUGAUACGAUAUAUUUUGUGUACACAGACUGAAUGUAUAAUAAUUAUAAUAUUUUGUUCUAUCCGUAUAUUGAGUUCCGGUAUAACUCUAAUAAUAAUUAAUAAUACCUGCCUACUCUAUAUUAUACAUUUUAUAUGAAUACGAUAAGUGCAUUUUUUAAUAAAGUAAAUAAAACUAUACAAGUAAUUAUGAUUUUAUGUAUUCAUUAAUAUAAUAUAAUAAUAUAUUAUAGGGUGAUCAAUAUAACGUAAGACACAUUCAUCAUGU